AUGCAAAUUUUGUUUCACAACAACAACAGUGGUCACCUGGCUUAUUCAGGUCGACUGGACGUACCUGAGGUGUAUCGGGCAAUCACGCUGCACCCUUUGAAAGAUCCGGCCACGAUGCGAAGGAUGCAUUUAUUUCUGCUGGAGGAAGAACUGAAGCAGUUACGCUUCCGCUUACUGUUGCUCAGCCGAGAUGUUCUCGUGUCACUGGAAAACCUUGGAACAAUCGGAAAUUUCCCUAACGCGAAAGAACUGAUGAAAGGUAUGUUGCACGAACGAUGUCCCCACUCUAUGAGAGGUAUAUUGUUAUGAUU